AGUCUUGAACAUGCUUUACUUUUGUUUGUUUUGUUUGUAGACUUGUUGAUCCGCGAGGAAAAUCUAGGACACUUGUUAGCUUGCUAGCUACCUAUUUAAAGAGCAUUGUGUGAAAACAUUGGUCAAAAACAUGGAAUGCUCAGCAGCUGAUCAAUAUUUACCUUCAGUUGGUUCCUUUAAAUCCACCCAAUCUGCAUCAGUGCAAGAUUUGGUUAAACUUCCUUUGUUGGAUUUGAGAGCUAUUCUUCCCAGCUUAGUGCGAACCUCUUUAUGUACUUCACUGGACACUAGUGAGAACUUUGUUGUGUUUCAAAAAGAAGUUCAUAAAAAGAUAUCUGAAAUAGAAGGAGUUAAUUUCAUUGCAUCUGUUUUAUCAAUUGAUUUCAAUAUGGUGCAUGAAGACGCUGUAAAGGAACAACGCCUACGACAAAAACUUGGUGCAAACAAAAUGAAUGACGAUUUACUUUCAAAGUCUUUACAAAAGGGGCUUAUUUUAGAGUUUGAAGAGAGUGACGCACUCAAAAGGACACGUUUGGUUUUAAGUGAAAUACUUCGUAUUAUUUCUGUGUGUCAAGAAAAUGAAGGAAAGUUUGAAUCUGAUGAAACUGAAUUAUUUGAAUGUAUUGUGUACUUAGAGGAAAUAUCAGAUGUUCUCUGUAUUGUUUUUGCAGAACUGCCCUUUCUCAUGCCUAUCCCUGAAGUUUCAGAAGCCCUACUACGUGUCAGACUUGGUCCAUGGAUUUUGUGUCGUAUUGUUGCAAACAAUCCUGACUGUUUUGAUGUUGUUUGCUCCAGUAUUCUUAGUCAUGCAGUGUCAUCUGAUGAAAUGGAAAUGGAAACGCAAAUUCGUAUGAAGACAUUAAAAAUGAUAUGCUCAAUGAAUCCACAAUAUAGUAAAAUCCUGCGUGCUGAAUGUGUUUCACUGUGUAAACUAGCAGGACUCGCAAUUGAGUUAUCCAUAACUACAACUAGUGCAGAACCUAUUUCAGAUAUUGUACCUUUUUUCACUGGCAUGCUUUUGGCCAGUGAUUCAAAAACCAAAACAUGGAUAUCAGACUACAUGAAAACCGCACAAAAGGAGCAUCGAGACACUGCAUUGACAUUAUUUAAAGCUCAACUUGUCAAGGAGAUGCAUUAUGUAAUUAGUUGUUUUAAAGAAAAACAAAGUUUCAUGGAUUGUGAUGCCAUGGAUGCAGAUCUGUCGAUGAAUGAUCUCAAUAACAGUACUAUGCAUGGAAUUGCUAUCAUGAAGUUAUACUGUGCAUUAAGCAGCAUAACUGGUUUAAAAAUGUCACAUGACGAAUCUGAAGUUUUGGUCAACAUGAUAACUUGUAACCCAAUGGCGUCAGAUGUUGGAGUGCGUUAUGUUGUUGUUAGCAUAUGUACUCUAGUAGCAUGUGCCUUUUUGAUAAGUGAAGAACGCGAAGAAAAAAUCACAUCCUGGUUAAAGGCACUUGUUGAAAAAUCCUCCCAAUUUGAGGAUGGUGAACCAAACAGUUCAUACGGCGAAAUUCUCUUAUUGAUAGCCAUACACUUUCACGGUCAUUCACUGGAACCAAUUGUCGAACUGAUAUCCUCUACACUGGGUAUUAAACUCAAACCUUCCUCUCUAACGAAAGUAAAAAUUGUUUUCACUCAGCAAGUUUUUCAAGAAAAGGUAGUCGCCGAGCAUGCACUGACAGUACCAGUAACGAAAAAUCUUAACAAACACAGUAAAGGAUUUCUUCCAGUCCACUGUGUCCAUCAGCUUAUGAAAUCAAGAGUAUUUACAAAACAUGGCAUAUCAGUGAAGGACUGGUUGUUCAAGCAACUUUGUACAUGUAGCAGCCCAGUUCACCCGCUGUUGCUACCCUUAAUUGAAACAUACAUCCAUUCCAUCAUCACACCACUGAACAUUAGUCGAACAAAACAACAACGAAUGAACGCAUUGCAACCGUUUUCAGAAGAAAGAUUAUUUGCCGUGUUCCGAGACAAAUCAGUUGCAUGUUGUGAUAGCGAGACAACUAAGCUAUUGUUGAUGUUGUAUGCAUUGAUGUACCAGAAUGCAUUGUUGGCAAAUAUGAAAACUUUAGUGAAUAAUCCUUCUGCACCACUGGAAUACCCGCCAAAUCUUUACUCUGCCAUACCGAUUAAACAGUUGUUCCUACUCGCUCGUGAUAGAGAGGUUGCGUAUGGAGAUUUAUAUCCCACCCUACUAAGACUGCUUACUACACACUAUCCACAUUUAUGUUUGGUGGAAGAUUGGGUUGAAGAAGAAAAAGAGAAGAACACACUCUCAAGCAAGAUGUCGCAAGAUGUCGAAAAUGUUGCUUUGUCAAAAGAGACAAGGCGUGUGUUGGAAUACAUUGAUGAAAAUCCACAAAAAGCCUUGAUUUUUUUGAGCAAAUUGACUCUAUUGCCGGCAUCCGAACUGAUUGGUUACAAAGAGUUUGUUUUGGACUUACUUCCCAAAAUGUUGGACAUGACUCGCCCUCGUAAAAUCCAAACGUUGGUGGCUAAAGUGUGGAUGAAACUAAAUACAGUCACUCCAAGAAAGCUAUGGUUAGACACAGUUAAUAUACUUCGCAAGCAACCUGACAACAUACGAUACGAGUGGGAGAAAACACCUGUUUACACAACUGAAGAGAUACAGAAGGAUCCUCUUAUUGUGCUGAGAUGUGAUCCAAGAGUUUAUCGGUGCCCACCUGUUCUUGAAAUUAACUUACGUGUGCUUAAUGGAUACUUGACAGCCUCAAGAGCUUUGCUGAGUCAUCAUUUAUUAGCGAAUCCAGUGGCUGCAGGUUCCAAACCUCCGUUGGAAAUUAUGGCCAUCGAAAAAGAGCGGGAAGAAUUAAAAUCCACUUUAAUAUCUACGCAGGAGAGUGCAGCUCUCCAAAUUCUUCUAGAAGUAUGUCUACCAACAGAGCUUGAAAGUAAGACCGCCACAUACAGUGUUAGCAGUACACUACGUGAAAUACAAUGUCAAAUUUGUCGCUUCAUUCAUCAAAGUUUCAUCUGUCAACCAAACAUGGCGAAACUGAUUCAUUUUCAGUGUUAUCCAGCAGACUUGCUUUCAGUGACAGUAGCUGGCGUACCAUCAAUGCACAUCUGUAUCGAUUUCAUUCCAGAGUUGAUCAAUCAACCUCACUUGCAGAAACAGCUUUUUGCAGUCCAACUAAUUUCACACUUAGCUGUACAAUAUCCUAUUCCGAAGUCAUACUCUAUGUGUAACUACGUUCUGCAACGAAUGAGCGAUUUGCUUGCUGCGUUACCAGUUGUGAAGAGAAAUCAGUAUUUCAUCCCUGCUACAGAAUGUCUGGUUCGUAUUUGCAAAGCAUUUCCACCGUUACGUGAAGAAGUGACAAGCUUGUUGUUAAAACUUGGAAAAAUAUCUUUAUCUCAAAUGAAAAAGUCUUCAGGUGCAGUUACAUCAACUAUUAAAUUACGCGAAGAAAAAGUUGAAGAAAAUAAAGAAGAGAAAGAAGAAGAAGAUUUUGAAAUGGAUGUUGAUAAUUUUGAAAGUAACCAACCCAAAAAACUUGAAAUCAAAACAGUAUUGGAUGAUAACCCAGCAUACAGUCGGGAUACCUUUUCGGAAUCAUGUUCAAGCAUAAAAUUAUUUCAUGCUACUGAAAAGGCAUUUGAACUGAUCACUGAUCUAACGCUACGUGAAAAGUUAGUCUCUCUGAAUGGCGAUAAAUUACCGGCAAACGAGACGUAAUGUGUUUAUGGAAGAUGAGCAAUCUCAUUGCAAUGUGCUGUAAUUAUCAGAUUGUAAAUCCGAUUUUUUGGGGUUUUAAUGUACUGCUCUCUGUGCACGAUGAACUGGGAGCGUAAAAACAAGUAUAAAUGGUGUAUAUAGUUAUAUAUAUAUAUAUAUUUGUUUAUUAUAUGGUAAGUUACAUUUACCAUGAUAGAAAUUUUUUCGAAUGUACGUCUUCGAAUGCGAAUUGUGACAAUGCAACUUACACAAUAGAACAUCUUGUUCGAAUGUGAUUUUGUAAAUACUGUUUGUAAAUUAGCCACGAACAAAUAUAGUACUUUACCAA